AUGCCAUCUGGACCUUGGAAAAAACUGCAUAUUGACUUUUAUGGACCACUUCCAAGUAGUGAGUAUGUACUUGUUAUUGUAGAUGCUUAUUCUAGAUUCCCUAUAACAGAAAUUGUAAAAUAUACUGCUGCUUCAACCAUUAUUCCAAAACUAGAUCAAGUUUUUGCAAUGCAUGGACUUCCUGAAGAAAUAGUUACAGACAAUGGUCCACCAUUUAAUGGUGAUGAUUUUGAAAGAUACUUGAUGACUCUAGGAAUAAAGUUUGACCUUUCUACACCAUUAUGGCCCCAAGGGAACUCAGAGGUAGAGAGAUUUAACCAACUUCUAGGAAAAACAAUUAGAGCUGCAUGUAUAGAAAAUAGAAAUUGGAGACAAGAACUUCAAAGAUUUUUAUUGAGUUAUAGAUCCACCCCACAUGCAACCACAAAGAUUGCACCUUCAGAACUGUUAUACAAUAGGGUCAUUAGAGGGAAACUACCUUGUUCAAUCAAGACAAGUAAAUCUAAAAGACACAGAGAAGCUCAGGAAAAUGAUGCAGUAGGGAAAGAGAAGAUGAAAAGCUAUGCAGACAAAAGAAGACACACAAAGAUUUCUGAUAUCAAAGUUGGUGAUACCGUUUUGUUAAAACAAGAUAAAAAGAACAAGUUUUCUGCAAACUUUGAAAGCACUACUUACAAAGUUAUAUAUCGUAAAGGUUCCAGAGUAACAGCAGAAAGACAAGAUGGAAGGAAAGUCACUAGAAAAAUUAGCUUUUUCAAAAAGUUUAGUAAGAAAGAUGAUGAUGAUGAUGAUUUGUCUGAUGAUGACAAUCACAAAAGAACAGAAACAGUCGAAGAGAAUAACAGAGAAAACAGAUAUCCUCUUAGACAAAGGCGAAUGCCUGAAAGAUAUGGAACAGUUGUAGCAACAGACUAG